AUGGAUUUGGAAAACUUCACAGAUGUGUUGGGUGAUGCCGACGAGAUAUUCAAUUCUCAGCCCAUAUCUCUACCGUCAUCACCUGAACCUCAUUAUAAAGAGCCACCACUCGAAAUUGUUCGUCCAGUAGAAGUAAGCACAAAAAAUGUGCGUCCUAUAAAACAUACUGGACAACAAGGGAACUUUAGAAGUGUCGAGGAAAUAGAUGAAAAAUAUCGUGAUGUAUUCACAUAUACAUUCUUUAACUUGGUGCAGUCUAAUGUCAUCGAAGAUGCGAUAUACUCAGACAAGUCCAUGGUAGUAUGCGCACCAACGGGAUCCGGAAAGACGGUGGUCUUUGAAAUGGCUAUAGUGCAAUUACUAAUGGCGUUAGAUGACAAGCAAUACACAGGAGACUUCAAAAUUAUAUACAUGGCACCAGUAAAAGCUCUUUGCACCGAGAGGUUGUCAGAAUGGUAUCCAAAAUUUACAAAACUGGGGCUGACGUGCAUCGAAGUCACUGGAGAUACUAACGUUGACUUUUCACAGUUAAAACCCUACAGAAUAAUAAUAACGACGCCAGAGAAAUGGGACAUGCUGACGCGUCGGUGGCGCGACCACAGAGGGCUGGUGGAAGUCAUAAAGCUGUUCCUCAUCGACGAGGUUCAUAUACUGAACGACGAAUGUCGGGGACCCGUGCUCGAAGCUGUCGUUAGUAGGAUGAAGACUAUUGAGUCUUCAUCCCAAGCAGUACAUCGCAUAGAGCAGCUACAGAAGCAGUACCAAGAUAACACAAACACACAAAAAGAUGUUCAAGCAGUAGUCGAGGGUCCUCCGCGCAUCAGAUUCGUGGCUGUGUCAGCUACCAUCAGCAACCCUGAAGACGUGGCUGCUUGGCUGGGCACGGAUGAUAAGCCAGCUGUGUUUUAUAAGUUUGGCGACGAGUGUCGACCAGUGAAACUGAAGCGCGUAGUAGAGGGCUACCCGUGUCCUGAAGGCAUGAGCAUCUUCAAGUUUGACAUCAUUCUCAACUACAAGCUGUGGCCGAUUAUUCAGAAAUAUCAUAACGGGAAGUCUACUCUGAUAUUCUGCAACACCAGAAAGAGCGUGGCUCUUACAGCGGACACGUUAUCGCGAGAGCUCACCAUCAAUUUCACUCCGGAGCAGAAAGCUAAACUGACAGCACUAGCUUCGACUAUUAAGAACAAAAAGCUUCAGGCGCUAGUCCUAAGCGGCGUAGGAUGUCAUCACGCGGGGUUGCUGUAUGAAGAACGGCUAAACAUUGAACAGGCGUUCAGAAACAGAGACUUACCCAUACUCAUCACUACCACUACUCUUGCAAUGGGAGUCAACCUGCCCGCUCAUUUGGUGAUCGUGAAAAAUACGCAGCAAUAUGUGAAUGGAGCUUAUCAGGAAUACAGCAUAAGUACGGUACUACAAAUGGUGGGCCGCGCCGGUCGACCGCAAUUCGACACAGAAGCCACUGCAGUUAUCAUGACACGACUCAAAGACAAGCCACGUUAUCAAGCCCUGGUGGGAGGUAGUGAACCUCUUCAGAGUUACUUGCACAAGAGAUUAGCUGAGAACUUGAACAGUGAAGCGGCGUUGGGAACAGUGGGCGAUGUCGCCCAAUGCGUACAGUGGCUUCGGUCUACGUUCCUGAGUGUUCGAGCUGCAAAGGAUCCGAGACGAUAUCUGGGACUGCCACAGAAUGCCCCCGCCAACUUGAUCUCUAAGAAAAUCGAGGAGUUAUGCGUGAAAGCUAUGAACGGACUGGCUAGUUCGGGGCUCAUAACAAUGGAUGAAGCAAGUUGCAUAGAGUCUACGGAAGCUGGUCGACUCAUGUCCAUCUUCUAUCUCGACUUGGAGACCAUGAAGCAUAUUAUGAAGAUCGAAGGCAACGAGUCUCUAGAGCGCUUGUUGUGGAUAAUUUGCGAGAGUCACGAGUUAGCGGACAUGCAUCUUAGAGUGGACGAGCGAAAGACGCUCAAUAUGCUGAACAGAAACAACGCUGCGGCCACCAUCCGCUUCCCUAUGAAGGGCAAAAUCAAUAGCCGACAGAUGAAACUAAACUGCAUCAUUCAAGCAGUUCUCGGUUGUCUUCCCAUCACGGAUCCGUCUCUCAACCAGGAAGCUACGAAAGUGAUGCGGACCGCCAACAGAGUAUGCAAAUGUCUGGUGGCCUACGUGACGAGGCCAGACAUAGUCACCACUCAGCCACAGUACUACGUGGCGGUCCUCAACUCGUUGGUCCUGGCUAAAUGCAUCGAAGCCCACUUGUGGGAGAACUCCCCUUACGUCAGCAAGCAACUGAAAGGCAUCGGACCCACCUUCAGUACACUCCUUGCCACCGCUGGGAAAGUCAAUUUUACGCUGCUGGAAGAAAGCCACCCUAGAGAUUUAGAGAGGAUAAUAAACAAAGGUGCUCCAGCAGGCAACGUCAUUCGGAAACAAGUAGGCUUGCUUCCGAAGUACCAGCUAACUGCAACGCCAAUAGACGUGAACAGUGUCUCUAUACGUCUGACCUUGCUUAACCAGCACCAUUUGGCUGAGAACAGGGACAAUUUAACCGCAGGAGACACACACAAGUGCUACGUACUCGUUGGUGAUUCCGAAAACCAUUUGCUUCUGUUUACGUCAUUUAAAGACAACGAUCUUAUCAGUGUCUACGAUGGUAAAAUCACCUAUAAAAUUACGAGAAAACACGCUUUCGAACACAAAAUCUUUAUUCAUUGCAUAAGUUCAGAAUGGGUGGGCAUUGACGUACAAUGUGACUACGAAUUUAAAGGAUUGGAUCCUAUAUUUUCAAGAGGUGAAGCAAGAAAACCUAUUCCACCCCAUCAAGGAAGUACUAAAACCAAUCUCAAAAAACAGACGAUGAUAACCGACAUUUAUAAAGAACGCAAAAGGAAGAGUAACGAUUUAGACAUAUCACAAUCUAAAGAGAAGAAGAAACGUGACAACUCAUUAAUUGAAAAAUUUAAACAUUUGAAAAACGCGUUUGCUGCUACUUCAAAAGAACUUAAAGACGAUCUUCAAAAAACUGCUCAGAUGUCCAGUAAAAUAAUAAACGAAAUGAUUCAACCAGAAAAUUUCAGUGGGUUCAAUAUCCCUGAAGUUGCCUUUGAAGGAUACAUAAAUUCAAUACCGCAAACAAGUUCCUGCAAUAUUGACAAUUAUUUAGAUCACGAUGAGGUAAAUAAUAUUGUAUGUAAAAACUACUAUUCCAAAACAGACACAGAAGAUCUUACAGCAGAUGAAAGUUUUAUAGUCGACGAACGCAUUGAUAGCAUCUUAAACGAAAUAGAAAAUCAAAUAAGUAAAGAUGUCAAUCGUUCGUCAUUAACAAAAGAAACAAACAGGUAUUCAACAAGUCUAAAGACUACUGAUCAACAAAUGAAGAAUAUUCAAAUUCAAGACAAAUUCUUGAAUGAAAAUGGGCCUAAAAAGGUUAAUCUUGAAAUGCUAUCAUCUGAUAGCAACUUGAAUCGCACAUCUAAACUUGACAUCUACAAAUCAAACACACGCAAACGGAAAGCUCCAAGAUCAAAUUACAGCAUUAUUGAUUUAAUAGCACAAAAGGAAAAUAACGAAGAGAAGGUUGCAGCCAAUCAACACAGCGGAUUUUCUGAGACGAUUAAAAAUGAAAUAGAGAAGUUUUUACAGAAAACUAGUACUAAAACCAACGAGACAGAUAUUGCUUUUAAGGAAUUAUUAGCAUCAUCACCACCCAUGGAAAACCCAUCAAUGGAACACAAUCCUAAUUUGAAAAUGAUCAAUGAUGGGAUAGAAACAGAAAACAAUACACAUAUUUCACCAGAACUACCUGACGUUUUCAUACAUGAUAAAAUCGUCAAGGAUGUAACAGAAAAAGGUAUUCUGAAUCAAAAAUCAGAUCAACCAGGCGACAGUAUCAUACCUUUCCCAAAAAAUACUGAAAGAAAAUCUGAAGAUCUGGAAUAUAUUCCUGAAAAAGAUUCAUGCAGUAUCCAGGUAACAGAUGCUAGUGAUAAACAAAAACUAAUUGGACACGAGCCUAUUAUUGACCUAUGCUUGGAAAAUGAGACUUGUAAACGAAUUACAAAUAGUAAGGACCUUGACUUAAUCGACCUAUGUGAAGCUGAAAAAAAAGAGAUUAUUAAAGAUUUAGAAGAAAGCAAAGUUGAAAAUUCUAAUGGAGUAACAAACGAUAGGGUAAUUCUGCUUAGUCUGCCUGAAAGUCAAGUAAAACGAUUGUGCAAAUCUAUAUCCAUAGAAGUACCACAGUAUUCGAACAUACAUGAUAGAGCAAUAUGUAACAGACAAGAAGUAGAGAUAGACUCAUUUAACAAAGAGGCAUCAAAUAUUUUAAAUCUUACAAAUACUUCAAACAAUAACAGUUAUCAGUGGAUUUCAAACAAAGAAAAUUCAAGGCUUUCGGAAGAUUAUGAUGUCGCACAAACAGAAUAUGAAACUGAUUGUAGUAACUCUCGACGCGAUCACAACAAAAAUCCAGCUUCAGACUUUUUUCCAAACGAAAAUCAAGUACCUGAGGGCUAUAUUAAAAGAUAUACAUUCAGCACAACUAAAAUAGAUGUUCAAACAAAACACACUCCAGACAGCCAAGUGCGGAUAAUAACGAAAUUGAAAUUAGGUAUGGAUGUCACAGAGAUCGUUUGUACAGGUGAUAUAAUCAACAAAAAAGAUUCAAACAGAACAAACGAUCUCGCAAAUAUUAAAAAAGAAAGCUCAGGUAUGUUUAAUACUGCUUGCUGCAGUAGAGCGAUAGAGCCAGAGAAAGAUAUCAACCGUGUUAAAGAAUGUAAAGAACACGACACGUCAUUAUGUAGCAUAGAAAACAAUGAUUUCGAUCCUUCUGAUAUUGCUUUAACCAAUCCAUCACAUCAUACAAAAUAUCCAACGAUUUUAAGUAAAAAAGAAUGUAAAAAAAUCGACACCUCAUUGCGUUGCAUAGAAAAAAAUGAUUUAAAUCCUGUUAGUACUGCUUUAACUAGUACAAUGCAUCAUACAGACUAUCCAAGCCUUUUAAAAAGCAUUAAUUCAAUUCACCUUGAAGAUUCCAGUAUUACAGAAACAAACACUGAAACAAGAGAUUCAGUUAACAGCGUGAAUAACUCUGAUUUCGAAACCGAUACGCAUGAAGAAAAGAAAAACAUUAAAAUUGAAAACAUCCUUCAAAAAUAUAGCACAAAAUUACGGAAAAAUAAUUAUCUACUAAACGUUGCUAACAAAAGUUUUUACCAACAUGGAACUAAACAUUCACCAGAGAAAACAAGAAGAUCAUACAAAAUCAGCGACAUUCAUAAAUUAGAAGUCCCUUUGCCUAAGAAUCUGAUAGAAGUGAGCGCUACUCGUAGUUCUUUGCUUGAAAACGCCAAAAUAAUUACAAGAAUUCAAAACUUGGGAAAAUCCAUAAAACCGUCGAAUCUUACCAUCACACCCAAAAUUCCAGCAUUGAUUCAGCACACUGAAGUCCAAAAUGUUGAUACAGAAGACCAUCACCAAAAUAAACUAGAUGAGAGUAUGUCAUACUGUUGUCACUCGUCUGCACCUGAAGUACCAAAUUUGGAAGCUGACGAUUGUGACAUAGACCAAUCAAUGUUAAAUCCCAAAACAUUGCUGCAGCAAUGUUUCUCUGAAGAUAAACGCGAAGAUAUCUUACCACCGCCCGUAGAGUUUGGCGACGACAUUGAUUAUUCACCUAAAGAAUUUCAAGACGUCUUGGAUAUGGAGUUGGUUUCUCAAAAUAUCGAUGUUACCGAAAAUAAUCCAGAUUAUAUAGCCACUGACAACGAUUAUAACACAAGCUUUUUCGAAGAUCAUGGCCAUUCAGUAUUAACUGCAUCUAAGGAUACUGAAACAUGGAUUCUUUCUCAAGAUGAAAAUGAUGGACGCUACAAUCAACAGAACAGUGAAGUUAACUAUGAACAUAAUCCAAUUAAACCUUGCACGGAAUUGGUUUCAUUACAAAAAGGUAUUAGAUUUAAUUCAAGAAAAUCUAAAUUGGGACAAUUUAAAUUUAUGAAUAAAAGUAAACUGAAAAUGUGA